AUGAAUCUAGCCCAGCUGCUGCGAGUAUCAAUCUCAAUCUUUCUGGCUUCAUUGCUUCUUUCCUUUUCUUCACCUCUCGCUGACUCCGCUCAAUCCGAUAUUAAUGACUUCUACCCGGAGGAGCGGGACGCACUGCUGCAAAUCAGGGACUCCCUACCGUCGACGGCCGAUCUCCACGCGCUGUGGACGGGUCCGCCAUGUCGCCGGAGCUCCAGCAGGUGGCGAGGCGUCGCCUGUGAGGACGGCCACGUGGUCCACCUGGUGCUUCAGGGGAUCAACCUGACGGGCAACCUUCCGACCCAAUUCCUGCAAAACAUAACCUUUCUGACCAAACUGAGCUUCGUCAACAAUUCCCUCCGUGGGCCGCUCCCCAAUUUGACCGGUCUCGUCAGGAUGGAGCAAGUCUCUCUGUCCUUCAACUGGUUCACCGGUUCGAUCCCUCCGGAGUACGCUGCCCUGCCCAAUUUGAAGAUCCUGGAGCUGGAGGGAAAUUCUCUACAGGGGACGAUUCCGGGGUUUAAUCAAUCCGGGUUGAUCAGAUUCAACGCGUCGCACAAUCUGCUCGGUGGUCGGAUUCCUAGUACAAUGGCUCUGGAGAGGUUUCCCCUUAGCUCAUUCGACCACAACUCGAAGGAACUCUGCGGCCCCCAGUUGGACCCCUGCCCUGUUUUGCCGCUGCCGAAUCCGACUCCGUGGCGGAAAAGGGAAAUUGGAGUUAAGCUAUGGGUGAGUGCGGUGAUCGCACUAGGAGGUGCAACAAUGCCGCUCAGCGGAAGCUACAUAGACUGGUCAGUGAAGAUGAAGGGUUACUCAGGGAGCGCGACGACGAACCCAGCAGAGAGAACAGUGGAAUUGGACUUCUUCGUGAAAGACAUUCCUUCUUUGGGUAUGGAAGAGUUGCUGAGGGCCUCUGCGGAAAUCCUGGGGAAUGGUAAAAAUAGUAUCACAUAUAAGGCGACCUUAGAAUCGGGAGCCGUUGUGGCGGUUAAGCGUCUAAAAAACUUGGACGUCUCAUCUCAGAAAGAAUUCUUCCAGCAGAUGCAGCUCCUCGGAAAGCUAAAGCACCACAACCUGGCACAGAUCGUCUCCUUCUACUACUCCUCGGAUCAAAAGCUCAUCAUCUACGAGGCGCCUCACGGCAACCUGAAAUCAUCCAAUGUCCUUGUCCGCCGGGAAGGUCUAAACUACUGCUGCAAGCUCACCGACUACGGCCUGCUCCCGCUUCUUCAGUCCCAGAAACUUCACGAAAGGCUGGCCGUCGGGAGGUCGCCGGAGUAUUGUCAGGGAAAGCGAUUGACGCACAAGGCUGACGUGUACUGCUUGGGAAUCCUGCUCCUGGAAGUCAUCACCGGGAAGAUCCCUGACGACAGGCCGCUGACUGGGGACGAUAUGGCGUCGUCGUUGGAUGACCUAUCCGGGUGGGUUAGGUCGACGGUGAACAGUGAUUGGUAG